UCCGCUCUUUCCGGUUCCGGGGAAUCCACCCCGGCGGUCCUAAGCCAAUGGCGGCGCCCAUUCUGCAGACGGCGGAGCCUGCCGCCGAAGAGAAGGCGGUGACGGCCGAACUGGGGUUCUCAGAACCCGGGGCCGCUCCGUACGGAAAUUUCCCAUGUUACUCCCGCUUCCACCCGCCCGAGCAGCGACUUCGCCUCCUGCCCCCAGCACUGCUGCAGCGGCUUUUCCCCCCGGGGGGCCCCGAUCCUCGGCCGCUGCUGGGGCUCGAUGUGGGUUGUAACUCGGGGGAGCUGAGCACGGCUCUGUACAGACACCUCCUCUCAUGUGACGAGGGAGAAAUCUGUCCAGUUUCCCCUGGAGACCUUCGCUUCCUUUGCUGUGACAUUGACCCUGCCCUGGUGGAUCGAGCUGAGAAAGACUGCCCCUUUCCUGCAGCCAUGUCCUUUGUUGCCUUGGACAUCAUGGACCCUCAGGCCCGGGAGCCCCUUUUGAGCUCCUUCCUGAACCGGUUCGGCCGUUCCGCCUUUGAUAUCGUCUUCUGUAUGUCCGUUACCAUGUGGAUCCAUCUGAACCACGGGGACAGCGGCCUGCUCGCAUUCCUGGCCCAUCUCGCCUCCCUCGGCCGCUACCUCCUGGUUGAACCACAGCCUUGGAAGUGCUACCGGGCAGCGGCCAGGCGCCUACGAAAGCUAGGCCGCCAUCACUUUGACCACUUUCAUUCUCUUGCCAUUCGUGGUGACAUGGCUGACCGGAUCAUUCAGAUUCUUACCAAUGACCAUGGCAUGGAGUUGGUGUGCUGCUUUGGCAGCACUAACUGGGCCCGAAGCCUUUUGCUCUUCAAGGCAAGCCAGCCCUCAGAGCCUCCCCCAUCCCUGUGAUCAAGAAGUACAAAACAAUUUAUUAACAUCCUAGAGUAACAAGGUGGGAGGGAUAGAGAAGCAGGAGGAGAGAAACCAGAACGAUACUGUCCUGGCUGUGGAGCUUCCUGGGUCAUCCUCUCCUUGACUGUUAUUAACGAGGUAGCAUCAAAACCCAAGAGAAGUUAUUAGAGAGGGAACAGCUAAGUGGCUCAGUGGAUUGAGAGCCAGGCCUAGAGACAGGAGGUCCUGGGUUCAAAUCUGGCCUCAGACACUUCCCAGCUGGGUAACCCUGGGCAAGUCACCUGACCCCCAUUGCCUAGCCCAUACCACUCUUCUGCCUUGGAGCCAAUACAAAGUAUUGAUUCUAAGAAGGAAGGUAAGGGUUUAAAAAAAUUAUUAGAGGAAUGGUCAGGAUAAAUUAUUUUUGUUCCCCAUUGCUUGGGAGUAGAUCAUGAAUAGGAGAAACCCAAAUCACAAAGCCCUGAAGUUUCCAAUACAGAGGUGUCCAUUACAGUUUGGACAUGAGGCAGAGGGUAUUUGAGGGUGGAUGAGCUGGAACCUGAUCCACCCUAACACAAAUUGAUGCUAUUUGGAUUCGGUCUAGUUUCUUGAGGGUUUCCCCAGCCCGGACAAAGAUUCGCUUUUAUCGUCUUCUAUCCCUGAGCUUCAUACUGAGCCAUACAAUGUAAUUUGGAAUGAUGAUUUAUUGGUCUAACUAAAAUAGAGGUUUAUGGGAAAGCCAUCUCAUCUCUGUUGAAAAGACCAGGUCCAAAUCACAAAGACGUGUAGGCCACACAAAUGCAAUUAGUUGAAAAUGGAUGCCAGAACCAAUAGAUACAGAUUAUGAAGUCAACAUGUAAAAUCAAUAAAAAUAGCAUAGUUUGCUUUGUUUUGAAAUGUGGGGUUUUUAAUGGGUAAAGGGCGAUCCUGGGAUAUCCAAGGGAACACCCGACUCUUCUAGGAAGAUUUCAGCGAGAGGCUAUCAAUAGAGGUAACUCAGCCAGAACAGGGUGUCUGUGGGUGACAGAUCCGUUACACUGCCCCAGUGGGGCUCUCCCCGUCUUAUGGUCAGUUCCAGAACACAGUGCGAGAGUCUAAAGGAUAGGAACAGGUCCAGUAUGUAUAAAUGCAGAGGGGGCAGACGAACAGAACUACGGGAGCCACGCUGCAAGGAGGAGAUGACCAGAGCCAGAGGUCCUCAGAAGAGAAAGCCUUCGUGGAGGAGCCCGAUGCCAAGAAGAUCUGGAAAGGCUGGGUCAUUGGGGACAAGAGAUUUGCCCAGAGUCACACAGCCAGGAGAAAGGCCCCAUAUUUAUGAAAGUAUUCAUAGGAGCACCUUGUUUUGGUUGCAAACACCUAUAAACAAGGUGGGAGUCCAUCCGUUGGGGAAUGAUCAAACAAGGGUUUAUGAGUGUAGUGCUGAGUGAUUGUGCAUGAAGAAAGGAGGAAUUCAGGUGGUAUGGACACAGAGCUUCAAAAACCCCAUGUGCAUGAAUGGAAGUGAAAAAGCCACUAAAAUGACCAUACACGGUUUUUAUAAUGACGAUUCAACCCCAGAGAAGAAAUGAGGAAGUACACUUCCUUCCUUCUCUUGGAGGAGUCGGGAGAGUGCAGGAAGAGGCAUACAUACUCUAUCAGACUGGGCCAUGUUUUGAGUUGGUUUUAUUUAACUGUUUUUCUUUAUAACUGGGGAAGGCUUCCCUAAGGAGAACAGGGUGUGUAGCCGGAAAUGACUGAUUUAAAAAAAGACAUCAAUGAAACUUUUAUAAAUAAACAAGGGAGUUAGACUA